GAGAAGGCUCGCGACGCUACUGGCUACUUCCUGGUUUUUCUCGAGCAGCUACCCUUGGGACAUAUAAGAUUCUCAAGUCUGCUGUAUCACCGUUUCUUUGCUAAUCAGAGAUACCCCACACACCCAACACGAACCCACGCACGACUCUACUCGAAACCAACAAAGGCUAUCACGACUAUAUACUUGGCUUCACGCCAACUUAUACAGAUACGAGGCAACAGUCCACACCGCAAUGACUUCGUUCGACGCCUACACAGAUCGCGCGGCCAAGGCCCUGGCCGACAGCUUCCAGUUGGCCAAGGACUAUGCACACUCACAACUCGCACCCACACAUCUUGCGGUCUCGCUGAUAGAUCCACCAAAAGACCUCGCGAACCAAGUCGACAUCCCACCACCGCCGCUAUUCAAGCAGGUCAUUGAACGAGCCAAUGGCGAUGCCCAACUCUUUGAACGAGCUCUCAAGAAGGCUCUGGUACGAUUACCUAGCCAAGAUCCGCCGCCAGAGCGAACAUCGCCCUCACCUCAGAUGGCCAAGGUGCUUCGCGCCGCCGAAGACCUGAGCCGAACGCAAAAGGACAGCUUCAUUGCUGUCGAUCACCUCAUCCAGUCACUAUGCCAGGACGCGGCGAUACAACGAUGCCUCGCCGAUGCGAACAUCCCAAACGCAAAGCAGGUUGACAGCGCUAUACAAGCACUUCGAGGAACCAAGCGCGUCGACUCGAAGACGGCAGACGCGGAGCAGGACAAUGAGAAUUUGAAAAAGUUCACCAUCGACAUGACGGCAAUGGCACGAGAAGGCAAGAUCGACCCUGUCAUUGGUCGUGAAGAAGAAACUCGACGAGUUAUUCGCGUCCUCACCAGGCGUACUAAGAACAACCCUGUUCUCAUUGGAGAGCCUGGUGUUGGUAAGACUACGGUCGUUGAAGGUCUUGCCCGCCGCAUUGUCGACGCAGACGUACCUGCCAACCUUGCAGCCUGCAAACUGCUUUCCCUGGACGUUGGUUCCUUGGUCGCUGGCAGCAAGUACCGCGGAGAGUUCGAAGAGCGUAUGAAGGGUGUUUUGAAGGAGAUUGAGGAGUCCAAAGAGAUGAUAGUUUUGUUCGUGGACGAAAUCCAUCUCCUGAUGGGCGCUGGCUCUUCUGGAGAGGGCGGCAUGGACGCCGCCAAUCUUCUGAAGCCCAUGUUGGCUCGUGGACAGCUUCACUGUAUCGGUGCUACCACCCUUGCCGAGUACAGGAAGUACAUUGAGAAAGAUGCGGCUUUCGAACGACGUUUCCAGCAAGUCUUGGUCAAGGAGCCAACCAUUCCCGAGACCAUCUCGAUUCUUCGAGGCCUCAAGGAGAAAUACGAGACGCAUCACGGUGUCACCAUCAUGGACGGUGCUAUCGUCGCUGCUGCUACUCUAGCUGCUCGGUACCUGACCCAGCGACGUCUGCCUGAUUCAGCAGUCGACUUAAUCGACGAAGCGGCAGCAGCAGUACGCGUUACCCGAGAAUCGCAACCUGAGGCACUCGACAACCUCGAACGUCGUCACCAGCAAUUACAAAUCGAGAUUCACGCUCUCGCCCGCGAAAAGGACGAGCCUUCACAAGUUCGUCUCAAGGAUGCACGAGCUGAAGCUGCCAAUAUCGAAGAGGAGUUGAAGCCCCUCCGCGAAAUGUAUGAGCGCGAGAAGGGACGCAGCAAGGAGAUUCAAGAGCAGAAGCUGAAGCUUGAGAGUCUCAACAACAAGCUCGCUGAAGCCGAGCGUAUGCGCGACCUUGCGGGCGCUUCCGACCUGAAGUACUAUGCCAUCCCGGAUGUCAAAGACCGUAUUACUCAACUCGAGACCGAGAAAGCUAAGGCAGAUGCAGAGAUGUGGUCUCACCAGGCAAGUGGUGGUGGUGAAGCGCUUCUCAGUGACUCUGUCGGACCGGAUCAGAUCAACGAGAUCGUUGCACGCUGGACUGGUAUUCCUGUUACGCGCCUCAAAACAACGGAGAAGGACAAGCUUCUCAACAUGGAGCGUCGUCUCGGGCAGAUCGUCGUUGGCCAGAAAGAGGCUGUCCAGUCCGUUUCCAACGCCAUUCGUCUCCAGCGUUCUGGUCUUGCCAACCCGAACCAACCGCCCAGUUUCCUCUUCUGCGGUCCCUCCGGUACGGGUAAGACACUGCUCACUAAAGCUCUCGCCGAGUUCCUCUUUGACGACCCCAAAUCAAUGAUCCGUUUCGACAUGUCCGAAUACCAAGAACGUCACUCACUCAGCAGAAUGAUUGGUUCGCCCCCAGGUUACGUAGGCCACGACGCAGGCGGCCAGCUUACUGAAGCCCUUCGCCGAAAACCCUUCUCAAUCCUGCUCUUCGACGAAUGUGAAAAGGCAGCGAAGGAAGUCCUGACCGUACUCCUACAGCUCAUGGACGAUGGCCGUAUCACCGACGGACAAGGCAGAGUCGUCGACGCAAAGAACUGCAUCGUCGUCCUGACGUCCAACUUGGGUGCUGAGCAUCUCUCUCGCCCCAACGCACCGGACGGUAAGAUCGAUGCUACAACGAGGGAGCUAGUCAUGAACGCAUUGAGGAACUACUUCCUCCCCGAGUUCCUCAACCGUAUCUCCUCAACUGUCAUCUUCAACCGUCUCACCAAGCGCGAAAUCCGCAAGAUCGUCGACGUCCGCCUGCAGGAAAUUCAGAAACGUCUGUCGUCCAACGGUCGCAAUGUGCGCAUCGACAUGACACCCCAAGUCCGCGACUACCUUGGCUCGGCGGGAUACUCGCCCGCGUACGGUGCGCGACCACUGUCUCGUCUCAUCGAAAAAGAGGUUCUCAACCGCCUCGCCGUGCUCAUCCUGCGCGGUGCCAUCAAGGACGGAGAGGCGGCAAGAGUGGUUCUCGAAGAUGGACACAUCCAGGUCCUGCCCAAUCACACGGACAGUGACGACGAUUCGGAGAUGUACGACGAGUCUGAUGCGGUUGCGGAGCUGGAGGAUGACGAUGCGGGUAUGGAUCUUUACGAUUAAGCAUGGGCAAGGAUUUUCAAGUCUUCUUUUUUUUGGCAUAAGAGCCUUGGAGUUUUGGGGGGAAUAUGGGAUUGGAUGUUGGGUGCAGCGUUUUUGAGACUAUGAUAUAUGAUUGACGAAUAGAUAUGACAAAAGCGAUGGCGCAUCACUUGGUCUAG